CCCUGCACGGCACCUCAGGUUCCUGCGGACGUCAGCGGGUCCUUCUGCGGUCAUCCCACGCCGAGCUUGGCCAGCACGCACACCUCGCCUCGCAGGAGCCCGCAUAAAAGGCGCGUCCGUCCCGGGCUGGAAGCGGCCGUAGCCUUCGGCUGGACGAGGAUGGAGUGACCGGCGCGGUCCUGGCCACGCAGACCCAGCUGGACGCUCCUCGCCUGCUCUCGCAGCGGAGCCGAACCUCGUACGGCCGCCCCAGGAAAGGGCGCGCGGCGCGGGAAGCCGCUAUGGACAGCGGCGGCCCCGCAGGCAGCCACCUGAUCGCCAGCAACGAGCCCGCGCCACCGGUAGCCGCCACCCGAGACUCCAGCCAGGGACGGACCGGACCGGGGCCGGCGGGCCCAGGCGGAGGCGCGCGCUCGGGGGGCGGGAGGCCGGCGGCAGCGAACGCGGCGCGGGAGCGCAGCCGCGUGCAGACUCUGCGGCACGCCUUCCUGGAGCUGCAGCGCACGCUGCCGUCGGUGCCGCCGGACACCAAGCUGUCCAAGCUGGACGUGCUGCUACUGGCCACCACCUACAUCGCGCACCUCACUCGCAGCCUGCAGGACGACGCCGACGCACCGACGGACCCCGGACUGGGCGCCCUGCGCGGGGACGGUUACCUACACCCUGUCAAGAAAUGGCCCAUGCGAUCAAGAUUGUACAUUGGUGCUACUGGUCAGUUUCUGAAGCAUUCUGUCUCUGGAGAAAAAAUAAAUCAUGACAAUAUUCCAACAGACUCACAGCCUUAG